AGAUUGCCACUCUUUAAAUUUGGAAACUAAUAAAAAUCUUCACAAUGCCUUGUACUGUAGUUUGCAGCGAAGAUGUAAUAUUGAGAUAAGUAUUGAGGGGGUGAAGUGAUCAAGAAAGCAUUGAGGUGAGCUGUCAUUGGCCAAUUGUUACUGCGAUACGUAUAACGAUGAAAUCAUAAUCUACAAAAUCAUAAAAAGAUAGUAUAGUCUGGAAAUUGUAUGAAAGAUGACCCAGCAAAACCUUAUUCACGGAAAAGUUUGCAAAUAAGAUUAUUCUCACAAAGAUUUCAUGUCCAAAUUCCCACAUCCCCAUUCCCAUGUCACAUCCAUGCACCACUGCACUAAAGCUAAGCACUCUAAAUCAUCUAAAACAACUCCAUGCACAAACCAUUCGCCACAACCUCCACCACUACAAUUACUGGGCCGCCUAUCUCAUUGCCCACUGCACGCGCCUCCAUGCGCCACCGCCCUAUACCCGCCUCAUUUUCGACUCUGCACCAAAUCCUAAUGCCCUUGUCUUCACAAACAUGCUCAGAUUUUACGCCCAAACGGGUGCCCACAGUGAUGUGAUCACUCUUUUUUGUCAAAUGCAAAAUUGUGGGGUGAGGCCUGAUGUUUUUGCAUACCCCAUGUUGAUGAAAUCGGUGGGUAAGGCCGCGGUUGAGCUACAUGCUCAUGUGCUGAAAUUGGGUUAUGGUUGUGAUGUUUAUGUACGCAACGCGAUGAUGGGGGUGUAUGUGAAGAAUGGUCCGGUUGAGGUUGCACGUAAGCUGUUCGAUGAAAUGUGUGAGAAGACGGUGGUGGAUUGGAACUCCAUGAUUUCGGGUUAUUGGAGUUGGGGGUGUGGAUUUGAAGCAUGUGAAUUGUUUGAUUUGAUGCCUGAGAGGAAUGUUAUUUCUUGGACUGCGAUGGUCACUGGGUUUUCGAAGAUGAGGGAUUUGAAGAGCGCAAGGAGGGUUUUUGACGAGAUGCCUGAGAAAAGCAUUGUCUCGUGGAAUGCAAUGAUCUCUGGUUAUGUUCAAAAUGGGUUUCCCAAAGAGGCUAUACGACUAUUCACUGAGAUGGCAAAUUCAGGGUUUCAACCAAAUGAGACAACAUUAGUCUUGGUUAUUUCUUCAUGUUCAUCGCGGGGUGAUCCUUGUCUUGCAGAAUCACUUGUCAAAAUGAUGGAUGAGAAGCGCGUCCAUCUGAAUUACUUUGUCAAGACGGCACUGAUUGAUAUGCAUGCAAAAUGUGGAAGCCUUGAGACUGCUAGAAAGAUUUUCGAUGAGUUGGGUGAGCAUAAAAAUUCUGUCGUGUGGAACACGAUGAUUUCGGGUUAUACACGUGUUGGUGACCUGAUUUCAGCUAAAGAGCUGUUUGAGAGAAUGUCUGAGAAGGAUGUUGUGUCAUGGAACUCAAUGAUUGCUGGUUAUGCUCAAAAUGGGCAAUCAGCUAGGGCAAUUGAACUCUUCCAAGAAAUGGCCACAUCUAAGGAAUCAAACCCUGAUGAGGUUACUAUGGUUAGUGUUAUCUCAGCAUGUGGACAUCUUGGAGCUUUAGAAUUAGGCAAUUGGGUGGUGAAUUUCAUCACCCAAAACCAAAUAAAGUUGAGCAUUUCGGGGUAUAAUUCACUGAUUUUCAUGUACUCCAAAUGUGGGAGCAUGAAAGAUGCCAGAAAGGUUUUCGAAGAAAUGGCAACAAGAGAUGUGGUUUCCUACAACACUUUGAUCACGGGGUUUGCAGCCCAUGGUAAUGGUUCUGAAGCUCUGGAACUAAUGUUGAAGAUGAAAGAGGAAGGCAUUGAACCGGAUCGUGUAACCAAUAUUGGUGUCUUAACAGCAUGCAGCCACAGUGGCUUAUUAGAAGAAGGUCGUGAAAUGUUUGAUUCAAUUGAAGAUCCAGAAGUAGAUCACUAUGCGUGCAUGGUUGAUUUGUUAGGCCGCAUGGGUAAGUUGGAUGAAGCAAAGGAAUUAAUCGAAAGAAUGCCAAUGAACCCCCAUGCAGGGGUGUAUGGAUCUCUUUUAAAUGCUAGCAAGAUCCACAAAAGGACUGACCUUGGCGAGCUUGCUGCAAACAAACUUUUUGAGCUAGAACCGCAAAAUUCUGGGAACUAUGUUUUACUUUCAAACAUGUAUGCUUCUAAAGGGAGGUGGGAAGAUGUUGAGAGGGUGAGAAAAGCAAUGAGAGAAGGGGGAGUGAAAAAGACAACCGGAUGGAGUUGGAUGGAAUAUGGUGGCAAGAUGCACAAGUUUAUAGUUGGUGACCGGUCACACGAAAGAUCUAGUGAUAUUUAUCAGUUACUUACGGAAUUGAGGAAGAAGAUGAGGGCUGCUGGAUAUAAAGCUGAUAAGAGCUGUGUGUUGAGAGAUGUUGAGGAGGAAGAAAAGGAAGAGAUGGUGGGGACUCAUAGUGAGAAAUUGGCUAUUGCUUUUGCUCUACUUGUUAGUGAAGCAUGGUCAGUGAUCAGGGUAGUGAAGAAUCUGAGAAUUUGUUGGGAUUGCCACAUGGCUAUAAAGAUGAUUUCAAAAUUGGAGGGGAGAGAGAUUAUUAUUAGGGACAAUAACAGAUUUCAUAGUUUUAGCAAAGGACAGUGUUCUUGUAAUGACUACUGGUGAGGUUAGCGGUGUUAGUUUUUGACCUUUCAAUUUCUGCUAUAUGGCUAAACUGUUGUAUAGUGACACAAUUCAAA